CAUGAACAGUCAAGACGAUCAAGUGAUGAGCAAAUUUUAUUACAACAUUAAAAGAGUUAGAAGACAAGAAAUUGAAUCUGGCGAUGAAGAAGGCAAAAAUUACGAGUACCAAUCAAAGCAUAACCCCAUUAAGCUUAUUGAGCAAAAUUCUGCAGAAAGUAGCAAAGUUAUGAACUCUUCCUCCAGCUGUGGUGACUCAAGCAGGUCUUCCUCCUCUGACUCAAGCUGUAACUCUAUUUCCUCAAUAGAAAGCACCCAAAAAUAUAACAAUUUAACAAUGAAAUCCAGUAUAAAAGACUUGAAUAUCCUAAAAGUUGAGAUAGAAGAGCAAUCAAUCUCUGAUAGCAAGAGCUUUCCUACUGAACCAAACUCUUCAUCAGUCGAGCAGUUUAAAGAUCUUGGGCAUAAUAAAGAGGAAAAGAAAUACAAUAAGAGGAAACUCAGAAUGAACGCAGAUAUUUGCACAGAAUUUAAAUCAGAAGGAGUCUCAGAGGUAUUAGGACGAAAGAACUCUCAGAACAAAUCUAUAAAUAAUGACAUUAUGUUUUCUCAAGCUUCAGAGUUUCUUUCUUGAGACAGCAAGGAUUUCUCCAAUCCAUCAUCAGAUCAAAUUAAAGUUAUUGGAGUGAUAGAUGGAGGCUGAGAAAAUAAAGAAAAUGCCAUUCUAGAAUCAGAUGAGCGAAAGGAGUAUUCUUACAAUGAAGAUAUUAAUUUUUCUCCUACUUUUCCAAAUCUAAAAACUCAAAAAGAAAUAGUAAUUGAUUUGAAAGCAUCAACAGAAAGUAAAGAUAGGUAUGGGUAUAAGCAAGUUGAUCAGGAACCAACAACGACUUAUGGAACAAUAAAAGUCAAUAAAUUUAAGAGAAGAGACCGUAAAAGGAUUUCUCUUGAUAUUGACUCCUUUGUAGAUAGUUUUACAGCUAAACAGACACCAACAGUUACAAAACCUAAACUAGAGAUUAACACUUGAAAAUACCAGGCACUUAAGAUAGAAGAUUACCUUGCUGAUGAACCUUGGAACUCAAAUGAGUACAAGAAGCAUCCAAACAUCAAGGAAGAUCUUGAUAAAUUGAAAUUAGACAGUUACUCUACUAAGAAAAGCAAUAUGCCAAGGAAGGAAUGAAAGUUUGAGUCUAUAUCAAGCAUUAAUAAGGAUAAAGAACACUCAAUAAUCGAUAUUUGUGCUCAAGAGAGUUCUCAAAAUACUCCAACUGUUGAGACAAGUACAGUUGCAAGAACUUCUUGGAGAAGCCCUGAUUGGGCUUUUUCAGGCACUCCAAGAAAUGUAAAAGGCAAUACAACGAGCAGAGUGAGAAUCAAAUUUAACAAACUUAUUGAAAUGAUUCCUGAACAAGGAGACAAACUUGAAAUGGUUAAAGAAAAGCAGUCUGUCUUUAACUUGGAAGACUGUGAUGUUUCAGAGGUUGUUUUCCCAGAAACAGAAUUUCAAUGAAAUUGGGCUGAACGAGCAGAAAUAACGAACUCAACGCAUGGGUCAGUCUGAUAAUU